AUGCCGCUGCCAAGCUACAGGAUGGUGCACGUAGCCAGGCUGCUGCUGCUGCUCCUUGCUUUCUUCCUCUGCACGGAUGCUGAGACACCUCCAAGGUUUACACGAACUCCCGUUGAUCAGACAGGGGUUUCUGGCGGAGUUGCUUCUUUCAUUUGCCAAGCUACGGGAGACCCAAGACCUAAAAUUGUCUGGAACAAAAAAGGAAAGAAAGUCAGCAAUCAGAGAUUUGAGGUAAUAGAGUUUGACGAUGGAUCUGGAUCAGUUCUCAGAAUACAACCCUUAAGAACUCCGCGAGAUGAGGCCAUUUAUGAAUGUGUGGCCUCAAAUGUUGUGGGAGAAAUAAGUGUAUCCACUAGACUCACAGUUUUACGUGAGGAUCAAAUUCCCAGGGGCUUCCCUACCAUUGACAUGGGCCCACAGUUGAAGGUGGUUGAGCGUACACGCACGGCCACCAUGCUUUGUGCAGCCAGUGGUAAUCCAGAUCCAGAAAUCACUUGGUUUAAAGAUUUCUUACCCGUGGACACAAGCAACAACAAUGGUCGUAUUAAACAGUUACGAUCAGAAUCUAUUGGUGGUACACCAAUAAGAGGAGCCCUUCAGAUCGAACAGAGUGAAGAAUCUGACCAAGGAAAAUAUGAGUGUGUUGCCACCAACAGCGCGGGCACUCGCUAUUCCGCCCCUGCCAAUUUAUAUGUCAGAGAGCUGCGAGAAGUUCGCCGUGUCCCGCCAAGAUUCUCUAUCCCACCCACUAAUCAUGAAAUCAUGCCAGGUGGAAGCGUUAAUAUCACCUGUGUGGCCGUGGGGUCACCAAUGCCUUAUGUGAAGUGGAUGUUGGGGGCAGAAGAUCUGACACCUGAAGAUGAUAUGCCAAUAGGAAGAAACGUCCUAGAACUGAAUGAUGUAAGACAGUCAGCAAAUUACACCUGUGUUGCUAUGUCCACACUGGGUGUCAUUGAAGCAAUAGCACAGAUCACUGUCAAAGCCUUACCCAAACCUCCAGGAACUCCCGUAGUGACAGAGAGCACAGCUACAAGCAUCACACUGACAUGGGACUCUGGGAACCCUGAGCCUGUCUCUUACUACAUCAUUCAGCAUAAACCUAAAAAUUCUGAGGAACCUUACAAAGAAAUUGAUGGGGUAGCAACCACACGCUACAGUGUUGCUGGACUGAGUCCCUACUCGGAUUAUGAAUUUAGGGUUGUUGCUGUCAAUAACAUUGGCCGGGGGCCUCCCAGUGAGCCUGUGCUAACACAAACCUCAGAGCAAGCACCAUCCAGUGCCCCCAGGGAUGUCCAGGCGCGGAUGUUGAGUUCGACCACCAUCUUGGUACAGUGGAAGGAACCGGAGGAGCCAAAUGGACAGAUCCAAGGAUACAGAGUUUAUUAUACGAUGGAUCCUACUCAGCAUGUCAACAACUGGAUGAAACACAAUGUAGCUGACAGCCAAAUCACCACUAUCGGCAACUUAGUGCCCCAGAAAACAUACUCUGUCAAAGUCCUGGCUUUUACCUCAAUUGGAGAUGGUCCUCUCUCAAGUGACAUACAAGUCAUCACUCAGACAGGAGUACCAGGGCAGCCACUAAACUUCAAAGCAGAACCUGAAUCUGAAACAAGUAUUUUGCUCUCUUGGACACCUCCACGUUCAGAUACCAUUGCCAACUAUGAACUGGUUUACAAAGACGGGGAGCAUGGAGAGGAGCAACGAAUUACCGUUGAACCAGGGAUAUCGUAUAGGCUGCAAGGGCUGAAACCAAACAGCUUGUACUACUUCCGUCUGGCCGCACGUUCUCCUCAAGGCCUGGGUGCUUCUACUACGGAAAUAUCAGCUAGAACCAUGCAGUCAAAGCCGUCAGCUCCUCCUCAAGACAUUAGUUGCACCAGCCCAAGUUCCACUAGUAUUUUGGUAAGUUGGCAACCUCCACCAGUGGAAAACCAGAAUGGCAUAAUCACUGAAUACUCCAUCAAGUAUACUGCAGUGGAUGGGGAAGAUAACAAGCCUCACGAGAUUUUGGGAAUUCCUUCGGACACUACCAAAUACCUUUUGGAACAGCUGGAAAAAUGGACUGAAUACCGGAUCACUGUGACAGCCCAUACAGAUGUCGGCCCUGGCCCUGAGAGCUUGUCCGUGUUGAUUCGAACCGAUGAAGAUGUUCCUAGUGGUCCUCCUCGCAAAGUCGAGGUAGAGGCUGUCAACUCAACAUCUGUUAAAGUCUCAUGGCGCUCACCUGUGCCCAACAAACAGCAUGGCCAGAUAAGAGGAUACCAAGUGCAUUAUGUGAGGAUGGAAAAUGGUGAGCCCAAGGGCCAGCCCAUGCUGAAAGAUGUCAUGCUGGCUGAUGCACAGUGGUGUUAUUCUAUUGUAUCAUUUCAGGACAUGAUCAUUUCUGGGCUACAGCCUGAAACGUCCUACUCCCUCACUGUCACAGCCUACACCACCAAAGGAGAUGGUGCUCGCAGCAAGCCCAAACUGGUGUCCACCACUGGGGCAGUUCCAGGAAAACCCCGGCUUGUGAUUAACCACACUCAGAUGAAUACUGCUCUCAUUCAGUGGCACCCCCCUGUGGACACAUUUGGACCCCUUCAGGGCUACCGUCUAAAAUUUGGCCGCAAGGAUAUGGAGCCACUCACUACUCUUGAGUUCUCUGAAAAAGAAGAUCACUUUACAGCUACGGACAUCCACAAAGGAGCAUCGUAUGUCUUCAGGCUCUCAGCCAGAAACAAAGUGGGCUUCGGGGAGGAGAUGGUGAAGGAGAUUUCUGUUCCAGAAGAAGUACCAACUGGAUUUCCUCAAAACCUUCACUCAGAAGGCACCACUUCAACCUCCGUCCAGUUAUCUUGGCAGCCACCUGUCCUGGCAGAGAGAAAUGGCAUUAUCACCAAGUACACCCUUCUGUAUAGGGAUAUCAACAUCCCCCUUCUUCCAAUGGAGCAGCUUAUUGUUCCAGCUGACACCACUAUGACACUCACUGGCUUAAAACCAGAUACCACAUACGAUGUAAAAGUACGUGCUCACACGAGCAAAGGGCCCGGGCCAUAUAGUCCCAGUGUCCAGUUCAGGACACUGCCUGUGGAUCAAGUGUUUGCAAAAAAUUUUCAUGUCAAAGCAGUAAUGAAGACUUCAGUGUUGCUGUCUUGGGAGAUUCCAGAGAAUUAUAAUUCUGCCAUGCCUUUCAAAGUGGUGGGAGGACAGGAGGAGGAGGAAGCUUACUCCGGAUCAGGUUACUACAUAAUAAUUGUGCCUUUGAAGAAAUCUCGUGGGAAAUUUAUCAAGCCAUGGGAGAGUCCAGAUGAAAUGGAAUUAGAUGAGCUGCUUAAGGAGAUAUCUAGGAAACGCAGAAGCAUCCGUUAUGGGAGAGAAGUUGAAUUAAAGCCAUAUAUUGCCGCUCACUUUGAUGUCCUUCCCACUGAGUUCACCCUGGGAGAUGACAAGCAUUAUGGUGGAUUUACAAACAAGCAACUCCAAAGUGGUCAAGAAUAUGUCUUCUUUGUGUUAGCAGUAAUGGAACAUGCAGAGUCUCCCUCCAUCUCUUCCUUUCCUUUCCUUUCCUUCGUACUUUCUACUCCAUGUGACUGGAGCUGCCAGUACCUGUGGCAGCUCUCAGAAUCAAUGCUCACCUCUGACUGGAAGAGAGCAGAGUCCGACUCUAGAAAGAGCAGCAUACCGAACAGUAAGGAGGUCCCGUCACACCACCCAACAGACCCAGUAGAACUGAGGCGCCUUAAUUUUCAAACACCAGGUAUGGCUAGCCAUCCUCCAAUACCUAUCUUGGAACUUGCAGAUCACAUUGAAAGACUGAAAGCAAAUGACAACUUGAAGUUUUCCCAGGAAUAUGAGUCAAUUGACCCUGGCCAGCAGUUCACAUGGGAACAUUCAAACUUGGAAGUAAACAAACCAAAGAAUAGAUAUGCAAAUGUAAUUGCUUAUGAUCAUUCCCGGGUUCUUCUAUCAGCAAUAGAAGGCAUCCCAGGAAGUGACUAUGUGAAUGCCAACUACAUAGAUGGUUAUAGGAAACAAAAUGCCUAUAUUGCAACACAGGGAUCUCUCCCCGAAACAUUUGGGGACUUUUGGAGAAUGAUAUGGGAGCAACGGAGUGCCACAGUUGUCAUGAUGACAAAACUAGAAGAAAGAUCCAGGGUGAAGUGUGACCAGUAUUGGCCCAGCAGAGGCACAGAAACCCAUGGACUGGUCCAAGUGACGCUGCUAGAUACUGUGGAGCUGGCCACAUAUUGUGUUCGAACAUUUGCACUUUACAAGAAUGGUUCAAGUGAGAAGAGAGAAGUGAGACAAUUCCAGUUCACCGCCUGGCCUGAUCACGGUGUUCCAGAACACCCUACACCUUUUCUAGCUUUCUUACGGAGAGUCAAAACCUGUAACCCUCCUGAUGCGGGUCCAAUGGUUGUGCACUGCAGUGCGGGAGUUGGCCGGACUGGUUGUUUCAUCGUAAUAGAUGCCAUGUUAGAAAGAAUAAAGCAUGAAAAAACUGUAGAUAUUUAUGGCCAUGUAACUUUAAUGAGAGCCCAGAGGAAUUACAUGGUUCAAACAGAAGACCAAUACAUCUUUAUCCAUGAUGCACUGUUAGAAGCAGUGACUUGUGGAAAUACCGAAGUGCCAGCUAGGAACUUGUAUGCCUACAUUCAGAAGCUGACACAAAUAGAAACAGGAGAGAAUGUCACAGGAAUGGAGCUCGAAUUUAAGCGUCUAGCCAGCUCAAAAGCUCACACCUCAAGAUUCAUCAGUGCCAAUCUUCCAUGUAAUAAAUUCAAAAAUCGCCUUGUUAAUAUUAUGCCAUAUGAAUCCACAAGGGUAUGCCUGCAACCUAUCCGAGGAGUAGAAGGAUCUGAUUACAUCAAUGCCAGUUUUAUUGAUGGAUACAGACAACAGAAAGCCUACAUCGCUACCCAGGGUCCCUUGGCAGAGACCACUGAAGACUUCUGGCGGAUGCUCUGGGAACACAAUUCCACCAUCGUUGUGAUGCUCACCAAACUGCGUGAAAUGGGCAGAGAGAAAUGUCACCAAUACUGGCCAGCAGAACGAUCCGCGAGAUACCAGUACUUUGUUGUAGAUCCCAUGGCUGAGUACAACAUGCCACAGUAUAUCCUAAGGGAAUUCAAAGUCACAGAUGCCAGGGACGGCCAGUCCCGAACAGUGAGGCAGUUCCAGUUCACUGACUGGCCAGAGCAAGGAGUGCCAAAGUCUGGAGAAGGAUUUAUUGACUUCAUCGGCCAAGUCCAUAAAACAAAGGAGCAGUUUGGCCAAGAUGGACCCAUUUCAGUCCAUUGCAGUGCGGGCGUUGGAAGAACUGGAGUCUUCAUAACACUAAGCAUUGUUUUGGAAAGAAUGAGAUACGAAGGAGUUGUAGAUAUCUUCCAGACUGUCAAAAUGCUAAGAACACAACGGCCAGCCAUGGUACAGACGGAGGAUCAAUAUCAGUUUUGCUAUCGAGCCGCGCUAGAGUACCUGGGCAGCUUUGAUCACUAUGCAACGUAG